CAAUGACGGGCGCCGACCCAGCUGCCCCUCUCCCCGCCGCCCGGCCUCCCGGAGCCCGCAGCUGUAGCGCCUGUUGGGCUUCCGCUGCCUGCGGCGCUGCGACUGUGCUCCCGCCACCCGCCGAGGACAUGGAUGCUCCCUUGGAUGCGUGGGACCACUUCUACGUGCCUUUGAGAACCUUGUGGGUGAACAGGUUUUAUGUGUACUUGGGUCUUGCCUUCGGCAUUAGCCUGUGCCUCUGUGUCCAAGUCGUCAUCAAAAAGCUCGGUGACAGAGCCACAAAGAAAUCUUCCGUCCAGAAGGCCCCCACGGCCCGAGUGACUCCUGUGGCCAAUGGUCCCAGUUCCCAUCAGAAGAAAGAAGUCCAUGUUUCUGGGGUAAAGGUCUUCUAUGCUUCUCAGACCGGCACCGCCAAGGGAUUUGCAGCAAGUCUCGCCCAAGCAGUAACGGCUCUUGGAUUGCCUGUGGUGGUCAUUAAUUUGAAAGACUAUGACCCGGAUGAUCAUCUGGGGGAAGAGGUGACCAGUAAAAGUAUCUGCGUCUUUCUGGUUGCUACGUACACGGAUGGCCGACCACCAGACGGUGCAGAGUGGUUCUGCAAAUGGUUAGAGGAAGCCUCCAGUGACUUUAGAUUCGGCAAGACUUAUCUGAAGGGCAUGAGAUAUGCAGUGUUUGGACUGGGAAACUCAGCGUACGAGAGCAACUUUAACAAGGUCGGCAGAAAUGUUGAUAGAUGGUUGUGGAUGCUCAGUGCCAGGCGGGUCAUGACCUGUGGGGAGGGUGACAGCAAUGUGGUGAAGAGCAGGCACGGAAACCUGGAAGCGGACUUUGCCGCUUGGCAGGCCCACUUCCUUUCCCAGCUGCAGGACCUAAGCCGAGGCAACUUUGGUGAGAAGAAGGCCUGCCGCAAACACCACGAGGGCAGCUGUGAGAAAGGCAACUGCAAACUCAAGAAGAAGGAGGGCAAGGGUGAGGGGCCCCGGCGGGAGGCCCCAGAGGAGGAAGAACAGUUUGAAACCACGAGUGAGGAAGAGUCGGGCGCCGAAGAGGGCCGGAGCCACAGCCCAGUGGUGGACGUGGAGGAUCUGGGCGAGAUGAUGGGCAGCAUGAAGAAGGCGAAGAAAGAAAGGGAGCAGCAGGACAUGGAACUGGAUUUGUCCCGGAGAAUGGGGAAGAAUGAAGGCAGUGAGAAGCGAGAGAUGAUCACUCCAGCUCUCCGAGAAGCCCUUUCCAAACAAGGUUAUCAAUUGAUUGGGAGCCACUCCGGGGUGAAGCUGUGCCGCUGGACCAAGUCCAUGCUGCGGGGCAGAGGAGGCUGCUACAAGCACACUUUCUAUGGCAUUGAAAGCCACCGCUGUAUGGAGACCACGCCGAGCCUGGCAUGCGCAAACAAGUGCGUCUUCUGCUGGAGGCACCACACCAAUCCUGUGGGCACCGAAUGGCGCUGGAAGAUGGAUCGACCCGAUAUGAUCCUGCAACAGGCCAUUGAAAAUCACCAGAACAUGAUCAAACAGUUUAAAGGAGUUCCCGGUGUGCGAGCCAGUCGCUUGGAGGAAGGUCUGCAGGUGAAGCAUUGUGCCCUCUCGCUUGUGGGAGAGCCCAUCAUGUACCCAGAAAUCAACUGCUUCCUGAAACUGCUGCACCAACAUAGAAUUUCCAGCUUCCUGGUCACCAAUGCCCAGUUUCCCACGGAGAUCAGGAACCUGGAGCCAGUUACCCAGCUGUAUGUCAGUGUGGACGCUAGCACCAAAGAUAGCCUGAAGAAAAUCGACCGGCCACUCUUCAGGGAUUUCUGGCAAAGAUUCCUGGACAGUUUGAGAGCUUUAGCUGCAAAGCAACAACGCACAGUCUAUCGCCUGACCCUGGUGAAGGCUUGGAACGUGGAGGAACUCCGAGCCUACGCAGAGUUGGUGUCCCUGGGGGAGCCGGACUUCAUCGAGGUCAAGGGUGUGACCUACUGUGGAGAAAGCUCAGCCAGCAACCUCACCAUGGCCAAUGUGCCUUGGCAUGAGGAGGUGAUCCACUUCGUGGAAGAGCUUGUGGAUCUGCUCCCCAACUAUGAAAUCGCUUGUGAGCAUGAACACUCCAAUUGUCUCCUGAUUGCACACACCAAGUUCAAGAUUGACGGGGAAUGGUGGACCUGGAUUGAUUAUGACCGAUUCCAGGAGCUCAUCCAAGAGUAUGAGACCAGCCACGGGUCAAAGACCUUCAGCGCCAAAGAUUACAUGGCCAAAACCCCACCCUGGGCAGUCUUUGGGGCUAGGGAGCGAGGUUUUGAUCCCAAGGACACUAGAUUCCAGAGGAAGAACAAAUCUAAGGACAUCUCUGGCUGUUGAGACUCGGACUUAGUUGGGAGAUGGAAGCUGGGACCAUCAUGGCGCCAGAACUGAUUAGUCCUAACUCAUGGUGUGAUCCCAGGGACAAAGAGCUCAAGCGAAUUCAUGCAGAGAAUAUUCAAAAAGCAGAAUUCCUGGAAGAAGCCCCACAUUUGAGAAGGAAAGGCGGAGCCCCAACCCUUCAAGAACAUGGAAUUCAGGGCCCAUUUCAUUGUAGGACUCAGGAUUUUGCUUCUCUCAGAUCCAAGCAGGGAAGUGACCAGUGGAUCUGAACUACCACUGGUGGACUUUGACUCGAAGGGCAUUGAGCGUGAUUAUCAUGUCUGGUGCCCACCUGGGGUUAAAGAGAUGAGCUGGCACAGGCUAAGACUCACUGCCUAGUCACCUGAGUGGCGAUGCCCCUCUCAGCCUCCAGACUCGUUGCCCUCAUUGUAAUAAUGGAUACCCACCCUCCUGGAGUUCAGGUCACUGGCCUUUCAGAAGAGUAGUUCCCAAGAACCAUCCUGUUUGCCAGGGAAUAGAGGCAGUUUUUAUUGCUACAGGGUUGGCUCUUUACUUUUCUGACUCCAUGCCAACCCCUUGUGAAAUUGGAUUGAUCUUCUGUUGAGAUCCCGUGGCUGGAUUAGAACAAAAGCCUCUCUGCACCAGGGGUAAUGGCAAUGUGAUUGCAUUUCAGUCUUUCUCCCAGCCAGAUUCCUAAACCAGGAGGACAAUUCGCUUUUUAUGCAAAGAGUAAAAUUUCCGGCGUCUUAUAGCCACGUACAAAGGGGGCCUGUCAUCCCUUCAUUCUUAGAGUUGUUGCUGCUCACAUGAAUCUCCAGGUCCAUUUCUUCCCCAGUGGAGAACUCACACAGUCCCCAGAGUUUGCUUUUUUUUUUUUUGGAAGGUCAUCAUGGUUAUUUUAAAAAUGCCUUUGUCCCAGGAACUGAGUUUAAUAAAAUAUUCUUU